GACAGCUGAGGGAAGAAAACCACCCAGAAGACCCUUUAUUUGUGAGAUCAGGAGUACCAGUCUGACCAUGCUUGCUGCGUGUCUGGAGUUCCUCGGCUUGGCGCUGUGCGUCACCGGCUCGCUGCUGGUGAUGGUGGCCUGCGGGCUUCCCAUGUGGAAGGUGACCGCCUUCAUCGACUCCAACAUCGUGGUGGCUCAGACCAUCUGGGACGGUCUGUGGAUGUCCUGCGUGGUUCAGAGCACGGGCCAGAUGCAGUGCAAGAUCCACGACUCGGUGCUGGCCCUUACGCAGGACCUGCAGACGGCUCGCGCCCUCACCAUCGUCUCCGCCGUGCUCGGGGUCGUCGCGCUCACUGUGACCGUCGCCGGGGCGCAGUGCACCAACUGCAUCAAGGAGGAGUCGGUGAAGGCUAAGGUGGUGAACGCAGGAGGGGUGCUGUACAUCGUGAGCGGGCUGUUCGUGCUGGUCCCGCUCUGCUGGAUGGCCAACAACAUCAUCGUGGACUUCCACAACCCGAACCUGCCUCCGUCCAAGAAGAGAGAGAUCGGUGCAGCAAUCUACAUCGGCUGGGCGGCCACUGCGCUGCUGCUGCUCGGCGGGACCCUGCUGUGCUGCUCCUUCUCUCCGGGGGUGAGAGGCACCUAUCCCAUCAAAUACGCCCCAACCAAGACGAUCACAUCCAACGGAGAGUUUGACAAGAAGCAUUAUGUAUAAAGUGACUGUUGUUAUAAUUGUGGACUUUUUGUUUGAGGCAUCAACAGCUUCAGUUUGAGAUGAUGUGAAGAUGCUCUGAACAUCAGUGACUCUUUGGCUCACUGUGGUGCUGCUCUGGAGACAUUGUAAGCACACUGAGGCUCUAACUGUUGUACAUGAAACUGUAAAAUAUGAGCUUCUUCUUCAGGGGGGAGUCUGCAGGGUCAACACACUGGACUUAAUGUAAUUUAGUUGAUUUCAAAUGUGUGUGCAGAAACAAAGUUUAUUUAAGCUCCUGGUGGGUUUAAAUCUGCUUUAAAUGCUUCAAGUGAAGUUUGAGGCGUCUGAGUAUCUGCACAUUCAGAGAUUCAUACAUAAAAACCUUUAAGAGAUUCAUUAGAAGUAGAAAUCUGAAGAGUUUGUUCAUAUUGUAAUCAUGACUCUGUACGUGUGUGUGUGUAUAUGUGUGUGUGAGAAACGUUGCAGAGCUUCAUUGUAAAUAGAUUUUGUUCUUUUCUUUUUCUUCUUUCUCUCCAUAAGUGGACUAAUUUUGCUUUAUGAGAUUUUGGUUCCCACAGUGAACGUGCAGCAGACAGUGAAGCCCAUUCAGACCGAUGUGCACUCAUGUUGUGAUCAAAGGAGGGAAUUUGCAUUUGAAUUCAUUGUACAGUGUUUUUGUACUUCAUGUAAUUAUUUUUCUAGUCUUAUAAUAUAAAAUACUUUUCUAAUAAAGUGAAAAAAACAA